CCUUUUUUGCUCCUCCUGUCCCUUCUCUCCCUCCCUCUCUCCUUAAUGCCCGUGUUCUCUGGCCAAGCACACAGUCAGCUUCCCCUUCACAGCAAGAGCAGAGCAGAUAUCAGGUUUCUACAGGACCACAAGAGUUUCUAAAAGUCACACAGCCUUUACUGAAGUACUGGAGAUCAGUACAGCGCAACUAUCCUUCACUUCCUGACCGAGGAAGACGCAUCAAGACAGAGCUUGUGCCAUGAGAUGAUCACUCUAUAAAUCCGUUUUGACUGUCGAAGUCUUUCCCAACCUGUCUUACCUGUAGACAUGGGGUUAUGUGAGAGCGUGAGGGGUCGAUGUUGGCCGGGCAGCGCUGGAACGUUCAGGGCCGGAGUAGGAGUGUUGCUGCUGGGGCUCAGCCUGGCCCAGACUGUCCCUCCACAGCCUGCCUGUCCAGCAGCUGUGGCCCCACAGAGCCUCGUCCAGCCCCAGUACCAGGACACGGCAGCGGUGGACAACGGUGUGGGCUUCAUGGCAGCUCUGGUCCAAUCCUUCCUCCAAACAGUCCAGCCUAACCCUUUACCUAAUGAUCUGAUCCUGAAAAUAGUCCAUGAUUUUGACCAAAAGACGUUAGAUCAAGAAAUCAUCAAAAAAAUCCUGGUGUAUGAAGUGGGUUUCCUGGUAUGUGCAGCCAUUGGCGUACUGUACAUUGUCCUGAUGCCCAUAGUUGGUUUCUUCUUGGCGUGCUGUCGCUGUUGUGGCAACUGUGGUGGGAAGAUGUACCAGAAGCAGACAUCCUCCAUUCACUGUCUCAGAAGAACUUUAUACUGGACUGCAUUCGUCACCACGGCUAUUAUCCUUGCUGGGAACAUAUGCAUGUUCAAAAGUAACAAAGCCGUCAAAGUGAGUGUGGACCAGAGUCAAAUGGAGCUCAACCAAACUAUAGGCAACAUCCAAUCCUUCCUCGCGGCUGUGCCUCAGCAAGUCAACAAUGUGGUGAAUGAGAGCUACAGAACUGUGCAGGAGGUUACCAGAAACCUAGAUGCCAUUGGACCUCUGUUGGGAACAGAGAUCAAGGAGCGGUUUAGAGGAACCCUGGACCCAGCGCUGCACUCAGUUAAACUUCUGGACCAAGAGACUGUAAACAUUAGUCUUUAUGUGGACAAGCUGAACUCAUCUUUGGCCCAACUGCAGUCCAGCAUGGACCGCAUCCAGGCCAAUUUCACUGCUGUUAAAAAUCAAAUAAAUCAGACUUUAUCCAAACCAAACUGCAAUGGCUGUAACAUCCUGCAGUCUGAGCUACAGAAAAUACCACUGGACAUCUCCAUUACUAUUCCCACCUUCAAUGACUUCAAGUCUGCAGUGGAUGAAGUCAACAAAAUAAAUCUCAAAUCCCAAAUCAAGAAAGUGGAGGAUUAUUUUGACAGCAUCCCCCAGAGGGUGACCAAUGACACCAAGGAUGUAGUUCAAAGCAGCAAGCAGCUGUUGGGUGGAAUAAAAACACAGAUCUCGGAGGUUACCAAUGACAUCCCUUUAUCUAAUCUGACCAAAGUGUCGGAGACUCUGAACCAGGUGCAGGGAGAAAUCGGCAUGGUAACACCAGCGGUCGAGAGAGCAGAGUAUAUUAGAUGGGCAGUGUGCGUGGUGCUGUGCUGCAUGGUCCUUCUGGUGGUGCUGUGCAACCUCCUGGGUCUGGUCCUGGGUCCGCUGGGUCUGAAACCCAAAGCACAGCCCACAAAGCGCUCCUGCACGUCGGACUGUGGAGGCGUCUUCCUCUUAAUGGGCGCAGGUUUCAGCUUCCUCUUCUCCUGGCUGUUCAUGAUAGUGGUGCUGGUGCUGUUCUUGCUGGGCGGGAAUGUUUACACUCUGCUCUGUCGGCCCUGGAGCAACGGAGAACUGUUUAAGCUCAUUGAUACUCCAGGUUUAAUUCCAGGGUUGGAGAUAGGUCCAACUUUAGGACUGAAAACCAACAUCAGUAUCUCUGAAAUCUAUAGGGACUGUAAGGAUAACCAGCCUCUCUGGACAACACUGCACUUGUAUGAGCUCAUAGACCUUGGAGACCUGCUCAAUGUAUCUAAAUACACAGAGCAGAUCCAGCAGCUCUUUGAGAAUGAAAACAUCAAUCUCGCCACCAUCACUCUCCUGAGCCCUGAAGUUAAAAAACAACUCGGCAUCUUCUCCAACAGGGCGACAAAUAUUGACUCCACUGCUGUGACGCAGAAGAUGAACAACAUUUCCAGCAUCAAUCUGAAUACAACAGCAGAUAAAAUUGAUGAUAUCGCUGUGAUACAAUCAAACAAUGAUAUUAAAAAAGAGCUUCAAAAUGAGGCCAGGGACCUGAGGCAGAUCCAGACCAACAUAGAAACAACCAUCAUCCCACAACUGAAAAACCUGAAUUCGACCCUCCAAAGCCUUGGAUCCAUCACAGAAAAAAUCAAUGGAACAGUGGGGGAGGUGCUGAGCAACGUGGGAGCAGCACAAGACUUCUUCAACACAAGCUCAGCACAGAUCGUCAGGACCGAGAGCAAAAAGUUUUUGGACUGUCAGCUAAAUUACUUCCUUGUUUAUGCUGAUUGGGUCAACAUUACGAUAACACAGCAGGUGGGCCGCUGUGGGCCGGUGGCAGGAGCUGUGGACUCUGUUGAGAUUAUCCUAUGUUCACACAUUGUAGAGUCUCUGAAUGCAUUCUGGUUCAGUCUGGGCUGGUGCAUGAUCUUCUUCAUCCCCAGCAUCAUCUUUUCUAUCAAACUUGCCAAGUACUACCGGAGGAUGAAGUACUCUGAUGCCUAUGACGACCACUUAAUUAUGAACCACAUACCGCGGGCCCAGACAAAAUUUACCUGAGAGGCCGGGACAUGUGGGUUACAGCUUUAAAAGACUUCAGGCACAACUGUGGCAUAACUUGACAAACUAAAGACACUUGGUGCAAUCCUGAACAGAUGUGACACAUUGUCACUCUGGUGAAGUCUUAAACUGAAAAAAAGUGUGGUUACUUGAGUCUUUUUUUUUUUAAACUUCAAUUUCUACCAUAGAGUGGAGAAGCAAAGUGACUGCAGUAGUCAUGCAUUUCAUGUCAAACAUCACACACGGUAUCUUUGACAUCAGUUGAAAUCAGGGGGACACAGGGAAUCCUCAGGGAUUUUUUUAAUCAUUUAAAAUAAACAUAGAAAAUAAAUGUAUUGUAUGUAUGCAAAUGUUUUGUAAGUAUUUAUUGUAUGAACUGAGCUGCUGCCUGAUUCUGAGAAUGUAUGCUGCAUAUUUCAUAUUUUUUGUUGAUCAGAGCUGAUCACCGGGAACGCAGCAGUGUGUUACUGUGCCAACAGGCUUUUUAUGAUGUGCUAGCCUCAGUCUGUUCAUUGCCAUUGUUCUUCAUCAUAAUUUCAAUGCAAAACACUUUUUAAUUAAAUAUUUAAUUACACUUGCACUUAAAUUGGAAGUCAAAGCACAAAUCUUUUUGUAUGAAUCAUUGUAUGAAUACACUUAUAACUGGUAUCACUGCUGUUUGCGAACAAGACAAUGCAAGUUUUUUGGUACAAUUUUGAUUGCAAAGGUUUUUGUAUAUGUUGAUUUUAACUGAUGUGAUUCAUGAUUUGAUAAUGAUUUUUGUACUUUGUUCUCAAUAGUAGAUUGUCUUUGAUCUUUCUGUUACACAGCACUUUAUAUGGUUUGUUUGCUCAAUGAGAAUAAAAGGUUGUGAACAUUUCUGCCAGCUGUUGUGAAAAGUACUGUAAGUAAAAUUUGCCACUGAUGACAAA